GAUGAUGGAAUUGUAAUGUUUGCGCAGACAACUUCGAGGCGUCUUGCGGAUAGGAAGGUGGAGAGGUUCGAUAAGAACAUUAUGAAGAGAGGAGCUGUGCCUGAAACAACCGCGAAGAAGGGAAAGGACUACCCUGUUGGUCCUGUUCUUCUCGGGUUCUUCAUUUUUGUUGUCAUUGGCUCAUCUCUCUUUCAGAUAAUCAGAACAGCAACAAGUGGAGGCAUGGCAUAAACAUACCCUGAUCUGAAAUAUGGCAGCAGAUGAAUUCCUUUUAUGUCUUUUGACCCUUUUUUUUUUUGUUAGCUGUCUAGGAAAAUGAUGAUACAUUUAGACUUGUGGUUUCGCAUGUUGUGAAGUACUCAAGAAGUUUAAAUAAAAGAAACCCAUUAUCAGGGUUGUAUUGACUAUAAAUUAUCUCAUAUUGUUUCUUAUAUGAAUGGGAAGACCUUGCACAGGGGUUAUUCCGUAUAUUCCUCA